AUGGUGGAGACUCGAGCUCGCACCCCGAGUCUGAGACGCGACCCUCCGUCCUUUCUAUCCGUCAGACCUCAGCGCGGCGAUGGGGGCGUGGUCAACAGAUCCGUCAGACCUCAGCGCGGCGAGGGGGCGUGGUUAACAGAUCCGUCAGACCUCAGCGCGGCGAGGGGGCGUGGUCAACAGAUCCGUCAGACCUCCACGCGGCGAGGGGGCGUGGUCAACAGAUCCGUCAGACCUCAGCGCGGCGAUGGGGGCGUGGUCAACAGAUCCGUCAGACCUCAGCGCGGCGAGGGGGCGUGGUCAACAGAUCCGUCAGACCUCAGCGCGGCGAGGGGGCGUGGUCAACAGAUCCGUCAGACCUCAGCGCGGCGAGGGGGCGUGGUUAACAGAUCCGUCAGACCUCAGCGCGGCGAGGGGGCGUGGUCAACAGAUCCGUCAGACCUCCACGCGGCGAGGGGGCGUGGUCAACAGAUCCGUCAGACCUCAGCGCGGCGAUGGGGGCGUGGUCAACAGAUCCGUCAGACCUCAGCGCGGCGAGGGGGCGUGGUCAACAGAUCCGUCAGACCUCAGCGCGGCGAGGGGGCGUGGUCAACAGAUCCGUCAGACCUCAGCGCGGCGAUGGGGGCGUGGUCAACAGAUCCGUCAGACCUCAGCGCGGCGAGGGGGCGUGGUCAACAGAUCCGUCAGACCUCAGCGCGGCGAUGGGGGCGUGGUCAACAGAUCCGUCAGACCUCCACGCGGCGAGGGGGCGUGGUCAACAGAUCCGUCAGACCUCAGCGCGGCGAUGGGGGCGUGGUCAACAGAUCUGUCAGACCUCAGCGCGGCGAGGGGGCGUGGUCAAUAGAUCCGUCAGACCUCAGCGCGGCGAGGGGGGCGUGGUCAACAGAUCUGUCAGACCUCAGCGCGGCGAGGGGGCGUGGUCAACAGAUCCGUCAGACCUCAGCGCGGCGAGGGGGCGUGGUCAACAGAUCUGUCAGACCUCAGCGCGGCGUGGUCAACAGGUCAGACCUCAGCGCGGCGAGGGGGCGUGGUCAACAGAUCCGUCAGACCUCAGCGCGGCGAGGGGGGCGUGGUCAACAGAUCCGUCAGACCUCAGCGCGGCGAUGGGGGCGUGGUCAACAGAUCCGUCAGACCACAGAGGGGCGUGGUCAACAGAUCUGUCAGACCUCAGCGCGGCGAGGGGGCGGUCACAGAUCGUCAGACCUCAGCGCGGCGAGGGGGCGUGGUCAACAGAUCCGUCAGACCUCAGCGCGGCGAGGGGGCUGGUCAACAGAUCCGUCAGACCUCAGCGCGGCGAUGGGGCGUGGUCAACAGAUCUGUCAGACCUCAGCGCGGCGAGGGGCGUGUCAACAGAUCCGUCAGACCCAGAUGGGGCGUCCGUCAGACCUCCACGCGGCGAGGGGGCGUGGUCAACAGAUCCGUCAGACCUCAGCGCGGCGAGGGGGCGUGCGAUGCAGUCACGUGACCAGGGGAAAGGAAUGCCAACAUGGACCCGUGGCAAGGACGGGAUCUGAGCGCGCUGCGGCCGUGACGGAGCUCAGGCCCGGCUCUGCGUCUACACCAACCCAAAGAGGAGGACGUCCGAACCCGCGGGAGGCCCAGGUUCCUGCGGACCGUGAGCACCAAUUCUUGGACAGAGGGACACGAGCUGAGAUCGUUCUGGAUCAAUGGGACAGUAGCCUGUUCUCUGUGGAGCUGGGAGAUGGAGCAGGCAGCGAGGGGGGCAGCGAGGGGGGCAGCUCCUGUGACAGCCCAGAGGUGGCGGAGCAGGGGGCCAUGCACGGCUCCAGCUCUGCCCCUGAUGAAGACGAGGAGGACGAGGAAGAGGCCACACAGCUGCCUCUGAUUAUAGGGGCUGCAGGAGAAGAUGAGAAUUCCAAUCAGGAUUCCAACCUCCCAGACUUCCCCUUCCACCUCCCGUCCCCCUUCUCUCCCACUCUGGAGGACAUCGAGGAGUUCCUGAAGGAGAAGAUGGAUGUGGUCCCAGACGGACUCCUCACCCCCAAAGAGGAGGCCUCCCCUCUCCCCUGCACAGCCCCCACAGUCACCCCCAGCCCCCCUCCAGUCACCCCAAAGAAGGAGCACUCCAGCCCCAGGUGCUCACAGCCUGUGGUGACCCCCCGUCCCAGUGUGAGCCCCCGCCUGCUCCUCGGGCCCCCCCUGGUCCUGCAGAUACAGCCCGUACCCCUGGCCCCGCCCCUCACCCCCACCGCCUCCUACCCCGGGACCCCCAUCUGGCUCACUCACCUGGUCAUGGGGCUGCAGGGGGCGACUGGACAGAAGAUGACUCUGCUGGCCCCCCAGGUCCCCUCCCCCACCGCCACCGCCACGCUCGUCUCCCUGGGCAACGGAGACGCCACGCUGGUCUCCCUGAGCAACGGAGACGCCAAAACAGCCGACCAGAAGUAUGUAAAGAUUGCCCCGUUGCCGAUCACCAUGAGGACUGUGGAGAUCACGGGCGUGGGUGGGGUGGGGGGGCAGGCGAGCAGUAUGCAGAAGGCCGUGCCCCCCCGCCUGUCCCGGGCCCCCACCACGGAGAGGGUCCAUAAGUGCUCCCAUCCCGGCUGCGGCAAGAUGUACACCAAGAGCAGCCACCUGAAGGCCCACUUCCGCCGCCACACAGGGGAGAAGCCGUACACGUGCAGCUGGCCCGACUGUGGCUGGAGGUUUUCCCGUUCGGACGAGCUGUCGCGUCACCGCCGCUCGCACUCGGGCAUCAAACCGUACGAGUGCUCUCUGUGUGAGAAGAAGUUUGCUCGCAGCGACCAUCUCUCCAAACACACCAAGGUCCACCGCAGCUCCAGACCCAGCCGCAGCUUCAGAAACACCAUGUGA